AUGGCGAUGUUCCAAAUAAGUCAUGCCUAUAAAGUAAUGGUUUUAUUUCCAAUGCCUGGAGUAAGUCACAGCAUCCUAGGAGAGAAUGUGGCUAGACAUUUACUGAAUGCGGGUCAUGAGGUCACCUUCAUAACACCGUUUCUGAGUAAACAUUUACAUCCAAAUUUGACUCAGAUUGAUGUCAGUGGGAAUUUAAAUAUGGUGUCCCGUAAUUUAAAUUUGUACAAUAUACAGUCAAUAUUAAACAAGACUAGUGAUAUAGGAUCUCCACUGAUAAUGUUUAAUUUUAUGACUGAGCUGGCAUUUCAGACGUUAGUGAACCCUAAUGUUGCUAAUUUAUUCCACGAUACAAGACAGACAUUUGAUGUAGUAAUAGCUGAGUGGAUGUUUAGUGAUAUAUAUGCUGGGAUCCCUACAUUGUAUGAGUGCCCAUUCAUUUGGUUGUCUAGUUUAGAUCCUCACUGGAUGGCACUUUCUUUAGUGGAUGAAGCCAUCAACCCCGCGUAUGCGGCAGAUAUCUCCUCUAGUGCUGUACCACCGUUUUCAUUCAUGGAACGAGUGAAAGGUUUAUUCAGUCAGACCCUAAUAAGAAUUCUAAAAACUUUAUAUCUCAAUCGUCGGUACGAGCGAGACUUUGAAGCAAUAUUUAAACCAUAUUUAACGCAGCGGGGAAGAGCUAUGCCUUUAUUCUACGACGUUUUAUACAAUGCCUUUCUAGUUCUGAGCAAUUCUCACGUAUCUAUCGGUCAAGCUCUGAGAUUGCCGCAGAAUUAUAUUCCAGUCGGUGGAUAUCAUAUUAAUGAAGAUAUACAACCGUUACCAGAUGAUCUUAAACAAUUAUUAGAUAAUGCAAAAAAUGGUCUAAUCUACUUCAGCAUGGGAACAAAUUUGAAGAGUAGAGAUCUACCAAAUAACAUUAAACAAGGCCUAUUAAAUAUUUUUGGCAAACUGAAACAGACAGUAUUGUGGAAAUUUGAAGAGAAAUUAUCUAAUUUGCCUUCUAACGUUCAUAUUGUCCAUUGGGCUCCUCAACAAAGUAUUUUAGCUCAUCCGAAUUGCAUCCUGUUCAUCACUCACGGUGGUUUACUUUCUACAACCGAAGCAAUCUAUUUCGGAAGACCUAUGGUCGGGAUCCCAAUUUUUGGGGACCAGUUUGUAAAUAUUGACAGAGCUGUGAAGAAAGGGUACGCUAAAAGAGUUGAUCUCUCUUACUCUAUGGUCAAUGAUCUUGAGAAUGCUAUACGUGAUGUUCUGAUUGAGUCCAAGUAUAAGAACAAAGCGAAAGCGCUGUCAUUGAUAUACCACGACCGUCCAGUGUCACCAGGUGAGGAGUUGGUCCACUGGGUGGAGCACGUGAUACGCACCCGCGGCGCCCCUCACCUGCGCUCGCCCGCCCUACACGUGCCAGUGUACCAGAAGUACUACUUGGAUCUGAUUGCACUUAUUAUUGCUAUAGUAAUCACUAUUAAAGUACUAAUUAAAUGUCUGUUCUGUCCCAAGAAUAGAACUAUAAAGAAGAAAUUAUUUAUAUUACAUUUAAUUACGUUGAGUGUGGAGGGAUAUAAGAUAUUAGUGGCUUAUCCUUUGCCGGUAAGAAGUUUGAACAUAUUAGGCGAGGGAUAUGUGAGGCGAUUGCUUAACGCUGGACAUGAGGUAACUUACAUAACAGGGUUUCCCCUAGAUAACGAAGACAAAAAUAAAUUACGGCAAAUAAACAUAAAGAGCAACUUCGAUGCUUUUCCAGAUGGGGGUGCUUUUGAUAUCAGUACAGUGAUAGACAAAGGCAUGGAAGUAAACGCCGACCCACAAGCUAUGCAGGACUUUGCCCUGUAUAACGCAUUUAUGACUUUUGAAAACAAAGAUGUGAAAGCACUGAUCGAAGAUCCUAAACAAGAGUUUGAUCUGGUAAUUGCUGAUUUAUAUGAGACUGAAAUAUAUGCUGGAUUUUCAGCUCUCUACAACUGUCCGAUGAUAUGGAGUUAUUCAAUGGGAGCUCAUUGGCAAGUGUUGCGACUGAUAGACGAGGCAACCAACCCAGCGUACACCUCGGACUAUCUCUCCGCCAAUAUACCACCGUUUGAUUUUGGACAAAGAGUCCAGGAGCUGUGGUUGCAGUUGCAGUGGAAAUGGAUUAAAUGGUAUUCAACUACACCAAAAGAGGAACUCGCCUAUAAGCAAUAUUUCGGUCCACCCAUAGAGCAACGUGGCAGAAAAUUACCGGAUUAUCAAGAACUAAUUUACAAUGCCUCCAUGAUAUUGAGUAAUGAUUACAAUGCAUUCGGUAAUAUACCGAGGACCCCGCAGAACUUCAAGUUGAUUGGUGGUUACCACAUUGCCACACAUACACAACCGCUGCCAAAGGACCUUCAGAGCCUUAUGGACAAUGCCACAAAUGGUGUUAUUUAUUUCAGCAUGGGUUCUACACUAAAAAGCAAGGAUAUACCUAAACCUAUAGUAGAACAUCUUUUGAAAAUAUUCAAAGGAUUAGAGCAAACCAUAAUAUGGAAAUUUGAGGAACAAUUGUCGAAUUUACCUAAAAACGUGCACAUUACCAGUUGGGCGCCUCAACCGAGCAUUUUAGCACAUUCAAAUUGUUUAUUCUUCAUCUCACACGGAGGUCAGCUGUCCUCAAGUGAGUCUAUACACUUUGGAAUCCCUGUGAUCGGCAUACCUAUUUAUAUGGACCAAUUCGUAAACAUAGAGAAAGCGGUCAGCAGAGGAUACGCGAUCAGAGUUCCUUUCACUCAUAAUUUAGCGAACGACUUGGAGUCAGCUAUUGAGAUGAUGCUUAAUGAGCCACAGUACAGACAGAGGGCAAAGGAAUUAUCUGCGAUAUACCAUGACCGGCCAGUGUCUCCUGGCGAGGAGCUGGUCCACUGGGUGGAGCACGUGAUACGUACGCGCAGCGCUCCGCACCUACGCUCGCCCGCUCUAAACGUGCCCUUCUACCAGAAGUACUAUUUGGAUCUGAUUGCUUUAUUCAUUAUGCUUAAUAUAGUCUUAUAUACUGUUAUGACAGUGAUUUAUAAAGUAUUUAAGGGUAAAAGGAAAGAAAAGGUUAAUUAA